AAAACACAAUAGAGACUGAGGAAGGAAAGGAAAGGAAAAUAGUAAGAGAGAGAAAGCAAAGUUGAAACUUGAAAGCUGUUGAGCACAUGGAGUGAGGGGUCUGACCGAACCAUCAUCAACCACCACGACCACAGCAAUACUGAAGCCGACGCCAUGUCCCACUCUUCCUGAGCCACCGGCACCACUACUUGCGUUGGCGCUCCGAUUAUGGACUUCGAUAAGGAAAUGUCAUCUGCUAUUAUUGAGGGGAAUGAUGCAGUUACCGGUCAGAUAAUAUGCACGACCAUCGGAGGCAAAAAUGGGGAACCUAAACGGACUGUCAGUUAUAUGGCAGAGCGUGUUGUAGGUACUGGAUCAUUUGGAAUUGUUUUCCAGUCGAAAUGCCUUGAAACGGGAGAGACAGUGGCUAUUAAGAAGGUCUUGCAGGACCGGCGAUAUAAAAAUCGUGAACUGCAGUUAAUGCGCUUGAUGGAUCACCCAAAUGUUAUUUCCUUGAAGCACUGUUUUUUCUCUACGACUAGUAAAGACGAGCUUUUUCUCAAUUUGGUUAUGGAAUAUGUCCCUGAGACCAUGUAUCGGGUUCUGAAGCAUUACAGCAGUAUGAACCAGAGGAUGCCACUUAUCUACAUACAACUUUAUACGUAUCAGAUCUUCAGAGGGCUGGCAUAUAUUCAUUCUGUUCCUGGAGUUUGCCAUAGAGAUGUGAAGCCUCAAAAUUUGUUGGUUGAUCCUCUCACGCACCAGGUUAAGCUAUGUGACUUUGGAAGUGCAAAAGUUUUGGUCAAGGGAGAAGCAAACAUCUCAUACAUAUGCUCUCGUUAUUACCGAGCUCCAGAACUCAUCUUCGGUGCUACAGAGUAUACAACGUCAAUUGAUAUUUGGUCAGCUGGUUGUGUCCUUGCUGAGCUUCUUCUGGGCCAGCCGUUGUUUCCAGGAGAAAAUGCAGUGGAUCAACUUGUAGAGAUCAUCAAGGUUCUUGGUACUCCUACUCGAGAAGAAAUCCGCUGCAUGAAUCCUAAUUAUACAGACUUCAGGUUCCCUCAGAUUAAAGCUUAUCCUUGGCACAAGGUUUUCCACAAGCGGAUGCCUCCUGAAGCAAUUGAUCUCGCUUCAAGGCUUCUCCAGUAUUCACCAAGUCUUCGUUGCACUGCACUUGAAGCAUGUGCACAUCCUUUUUUUGAUGAGCUUCGUGAGCCCAAUUCCCGCCUUCCUAAUGGUCGCCUUUUACCUCCUCUUUUCAACUUCAAACAGGAAUUAGCUGGGGCCUCUUCUGAACUGAUUAAUAGGCUCAUACCCGAGCAUAUAAGGCGACAGGCUAGUCUUAGCUUACCACAUCCUGCAGGCACGUAAAAGUGAAGGCAUAUGAAUAAGAAAUCAAUUCUUGGAGUCAAUGCUUAUGAAACAGAGGAUGACCUUGGUAAGAUCAAUACAAUCAUUUUGUUAUCAGUGGAUUCUCUUGGCCCGUGAUGGAUGUCUAGCGGUGUAGCUAAAUCAUAGUGUUUCUGUGCCUUUGUAUAUAUUGUUUUGAUAAAAAAGAGUGGAAAAGCCAAGGGAGUAAAAGGAGGUAUUACAAUCUGUCUAUCUAGUUAGGGGGACACAAUAAAAUCCCAGCUGUUGCUUGAGCUCGUUAGUGGUUUGGCUUGCUUUUAUGUAAGAGGAAGACAUUGUAUUGUCUGUUGUUGGCCGUGUUCUGCAGACACAAAACGAAAUUUCACAAUUUAUGGUUACUACAAAAUCUUCCCCUUCCCCUUUGCUCAUUCA